AUUCCGCCAGAUGAUAUGCUCAUCGACGGCCAUUUCAAUAAUUAUUGGGCAUUAUUGGCUCUGAUAUUGGUGAUAGGCACAGCUGCUGGCAACAUUCUCGUUUGCUUGGCAAUAGCCUGGGAACGUCGUUUGCAAAAUGUCACCAACUAUUUUUUGAUGUCGCUGGCCAUAACGGAUCUAAUGGUGGCCGUACUGGUGAUGCCCUUAGGAAUAUUGACUUUAGUAAAAGGAUACUUUCCGCUGGGCUCGGAACAUUGCCUGACUUGGAUUUGUUUGGAUGUGCUAUUUUGUACGGCCAGUAUAAUGCAUUUGUGUACAAUUUCUGUGGAUCGAUAUCUGUCCCUACGUUAUCCGAUGCGCUUCGGCCGAAACAAGACACGUAGACGGGUCACUUUGAAGAUAGUGUUUGUGUGGCUCCUAUCAAUUGCCAUGAGUCUGCCACUGAGUUUGAUGUAUUCGAAGAAUCACGCUUCAGUUCUGGUUAAUGGUACAUGCCAGAUACCGGAUCCUGUGUACAAAUUAGUUGGAUCGAUUGUCUGCUUCUACAUACCGCUGGGCGUCAUGCUGUUGACGUAUUGCCUCACGGUGAGGUUGCUGGCACAGCAACGUCAGAAUCUCGGUGGUCACAACCAAACAGCCGCACCCGGCUGGGCAAGUGGAUGGCUAGGUCAAACACCAGCUCUAGAACGUCGUUGUACCUGGCGUCGCCUAUUGAAAACAGGACAUAAUACAAAUGCAACGACAACUUCUUUGCAUGGACACUCUGCAAAUUCCACCGAUACCGAAUUGUCAACACUGGAUAAUCACGAGCUGUGGCUGCCAGAAUCAAGUAUACCCGAGCCGACACCAACAACUAUGACGGCAUUACAUCAAUUUGGAGCCGAGAUGUUGAAACUAUCCCGCGGCUUGGAGUCGGUUGUGUCAUCAUCGACAGGAUCGCCCACUAAAUCUGAAUUGUCGUCCGCAAAUAUAUUGCCCUUUAUGCACAGUCCUCUGCAGAAACAAAAUUCGUUGCAGUCCGCCACCAGUCAACAGAACUCUCUAUACCCGUCGCACUCACAAACUCAGCAUCAAGAUGUGCGGUUGCCCCCCACCUCAAGUCUGCAAGCCACAAAACCCUUCUACCAUCCGAGUCACCCAUACAUCCUUCAGUCACAUCUCCCACAGUCGACGGAUCUUAGUGCCUAUAAUAAAAUUAACACAUUUUCUCUGCUGAACACUCCUGCCUUUGAUUUUAUGAAGGACACAAAAGCUCGGAAGCGGUCGCCGUCAGAUGCCCGAGAGAGACGCAGUAGAUUGUGUGUAUAUGCCAAGAAACGUAGAGCCUCUAUGGCGGCCUGUAUGCAGCCACCAAAUACACCGACAACCCCAUCAGAAUGGCAAAGAAAUCGUUUUUAUAGCUUACCUCAGAACAUUCUCUUUCGACGACAAUCAACAAUGUCCCUGUGUCGUAACUCUUCCGAGGAAAACAUUGCCUGCAAAGGUUCAGGGAAUUCUCCUAACAAAGCCUGCCACUCUGACACGGAAAUGGAUGACGGAGAUGAACACCAAAAUUGCUCAGAAAGUGGGACCGAUGGCGAGUACCUCCAAUUUCCACCCAUAUGCACGUGUCCCUAUUUCGGAAAUAGACCGCUGCCUAAUUGCAUAAAACCGGCAGAUGUGAAAAUUAUUUCAACGACUUUCAAAUUAACCACUAGCACACCAUGUGAUGUUGCCCCAACAAUUGUGGGAGAGAACAAACUAAAUAUGAUCAAGGCCCACACGUCAUCCAGCCUGAGUCCACACACUGUGUCCAUUUUGAACAGCAACCAUUCGUCAAGUACCCUGACAUUUGAGUCUAGCAGCGAUGGCUGUUAUCUCGCAGCGCCGCAGACACCAAAGAGGAAACUCAGCAUUUCAAAAACUGCCUCCAUUGUGACUUGGGAUUCCGGCAGACACAGGCGACGCGGAUCAAGUUUCGGUGGGGCGCGCACCUCUCUACUGCUUACGCCUACCAAGACUGGCGGUUUAACUACGUCAACUUCGGCGACGCCUCUAAGAAGAUCGGCCACACUAAGGAGCCACAAUAAUAUGAACUAUGCCGGAGGCGAUGUCACAAGCGCGACUGGCAUGAAAAUAAAAUCAAAAUCACCACAUUCAUCGCCGUGUUUGUUACAACGCAAUCAAACUGUCCGUUCCCACCAUUCGCGCAACUCCAGUGUAAUCUCAAGAAACUCUUCGCGCCACGGACGUAUAAUUAGGCUGGAACAAAAGGCAACCAAAGUGCUGGGUGUCGUGUUCUUCACGUUCGUCAUUCUUUGGUCGCCAUUCUUUGUGCUCAACCUGCUGCCCACAGUGUGCGGUGAUUGUGAGGAGCGAAUAGACCACUGGGUGUUCGAUGUCGUAACCUGGUUAGGUUAUGCCAGUUCCAUGGUCAACCCAAUUUUCUACACAAUCUUCAAUAAAGUAUUCAGACAGGCUUUUAAGAAAGUUCUUUUGUGUAGAUACUCGGGCACUUCGUCCAGUUGGCGACCUCACAGGUAGCACACCCCACGUACGUU